CGGGGAAGCUCCAAUCCUUCCCUGGGGCGGCUCAUCCCCGUCCCCAUUGUGGCACUGGGAGGGGACGGAUGCUGGUGGCCCUCGCUGUGUCCCCAUGCUCAGCCGUUCCCAUGACCCGGGGGCAGCGGGGCGGCGGCUGCCACGGGGACAGCGCGGGGCCACCAUCCCCGUCCCCGUGCCUCUCGUCCCCCGUGGGCUGCGCGGCUUCGGAUGGCACCGCCCCACCGCGUCCCCAGGGCCCGGCGCUUGGCUUCCCCCGUGGUUUCUGUCCUUCGAUGUCCCCUGGCUCCGUGCCCUGGACGGGUUCCCUGUGGGACUCGGCGCUUUGGGCCACGGCUGAUGGAGACUUUCGAGGACUCGCGGCGGACCGCGGCGCCGGGGACGUUGGGACGAGGGAUGACGGUGACGCGGGGCGGCUCACCUCCAGCAGCGGGACGGGUCCCGGCCUCGCCCUGGCUGCGAGCGGGGACAGCAGCGGUGUCCCCAAUGCUCCCGGUGCCCCCGCCGAUGCCAGCCCCGUCCCCUAUCCCUGCAGCUUUGACCUGGAGAAUGGCCCCCCGGGAAGGGGCCCGCUGGAGCCGCAGUGCAGCCCGGGCGCAGGGCUGGUGCUGCAGGGCGCCUUCACCCACGGCCAGCGCCGCGAGUCCUUCCUCUACCGCUCCGACAGCGACUACGACCUGUCCCCCAAGGCCAUGUCCCGCAACUCCUCCACCGCCAGCGACCUGCACGGCGAAGACAUGAUCGUCACACCCUUCGCGCAGGUCCUGGCCAGCCUGCGCACCGUGCGCAACAACGUGAUGGUGCUGCUGCACCUCCAGGAGCGCGUGGGCACCAAGCGGGCGUCGAGCAGCAGCCUCCCCUCUGCCAGCAGGGCCGGCCUGUCUGCAGAGGAUGCUCAGCAGAAGCUGUCGCUGGAGACCCUGGAGGAGCUGGACUGGUGCCUGGAGCAGCUGGAGACGCUGCAGACGCGGCACUCGGUCAGCGAGAUGGCUUCCAACAAGUUUAAGCGGAUGCUGAGCCGGGAGCUCUCACACCUCUCGGAGAGCGGCCGCUCGGGGAACCAGGUGUCCGAGUACAUCUCCAGCACCUUCCUGGACAAGCAGCACGAGGUGGAGAUCCCUCCAGCGCUGCCCAAGGAGGAGCGGGAGCGCAGGAAGCGGCCGAUGUCGCAGAUCAGCGGUGUGAGGAGGCCGGCUCACGGCCCCCGCCUUGCUGCCAUCCCGCGCUUCGGGGUGCGCACGGAGCAGGAGGGGCUGCUGGCCAAGGAGCUGCAGGACACCAACAAGUGGGGUCUCGACAUCUUCAAAGUGGCCGAGUACUCAGGGAAUCGCCCGCUGACGGUCCUCAUGUACAGCAUCUUCCAGGAGCGUGACCUGAUGAAGACGUUCCGCAUCCCCGCCGACACUUUCCUCACCUACAUGCUGACGCUGGAGGAUCAUUACCGCUCCGACUUGGCGUACCACAACAGCAUCCACGCCGCCGACGUGGCGCAGUCCACCCACGUGCUGCUCUCCACGCCGGCGCUGGAGGCCGUCUUCACCGACCUGGAGAUCAUGGCCGCCAUCUUCGCCAGCGCCAUCCACGACGUUGACCACCCCGGCGUCUCCAAUCAGUUCCUCAUCAACACCAACUCGGAGCUGGCGCUGAUGUACAACGACGCUUCGGUGCUGGAGAAUCACCACCUGGCUGUGGGCUUCAAGCUGCUGCAGGAGGAGAACUGCGACAUCUUCCAGAACCUGAGCAAGAAGCAGAGGCAGUCGCUCCGCAAGAUGGCCAUCGAUAUGGUGCUGGCCACCGACAUGUCCAAGCACAUGAACCUGCUGGCGGACCUGAAGACCAUGGUGGAGACCAAGAAGGUGACCAGCCUGGGGGUGCUGCUGCUGGACAACUACUCUGACCGGAUCCAGGUCCUGCAGAACAUGGUGCACUGCGCCGACCUCAGCAACCCCACCAAACCGCUGGAGCUGUACCGGCAGUGGACCGACCGCAUCAUGGCCGAGUUCUUCCACCAGGGUGACCGGGAGCGAGAGAAGGGGAUGGAGAUCAGCCCCAUGUGUGACAAGCACACCGCCUCCGUGGAGAAGUCCCAGGUGGGAUUCAUCGACUUCAUCGCCCACCCGCUGUGGGAGACCUGGGCCGACCUGGUGCACCCUGACGCCCAGGAGAUCCUGGACACGCUGGAGGACAACCGGGAGUGGUACCAGAGCAUGAUCCCACGCAGCCCCUCCCCACCGCCAGAGGUGGGAUCCCAAGUUCCCCCCGCUGACCCCGGCAAGUCCCAGUUUGAGAUGACGCUGGAAGAGGAGGAGGGAGAGUCGGACACGGAAGCGGAGGGGCCCGAGAGCCCUUUGGAGGAGGACAACAGCGGCUCCAAGACGUCGGCUACGGAUGAUUCGGAGUCAGCUGACACAGAGCGUUUGUCACCUGGCUCCGGGGACCGGGAGGUGGACAACAGGAGAGUGCAGGAGGGGACCCUGCCAAAGGACGGGGCUGGUGGUGGGUGCACAGCGCCGGAUCCCCAGAGCGGCGGGGAGCUGUGCCUGGACACGGAGGGCAAUGUCACAUUCCUGCCCCUGGGCACGUAGCGGCCCGGCCGGAGGGUUCCAUCGCUGCUGUGGGGAUGUGGGACUGAGCACUGCCCCAGAGAGGGUCGUGGGCGCUGCUGGGACUGGCACACGGAGCCCCAGAGGACGUCCCCAUGUGGGAGCCGGGCAGAUCCCAAUGGCAGUGAGGAUAUGGCUCACCCCCUCCCCUGCUUCCACCCGGCAUCCAGCUGCUGGGAAAGGUCCCCGUCACCACCAACAGGGCUCCAGGAUGCCGCUCCUGCCCCAUCCCAGCCCUGGGCACAGCAGAGCAGUCCCCACUCAGCACGGUGCAGCCGAAAGCGUUUUGGUGUCACGGUGGCACACAGCGUUUGGUGUCCGGGCAUCGCAGCACAACGCUGGCUGUGCGCCCACGAGUCGGAGGUGUUUUUACUGGGGGACAGCUUCACUUUUUAAAGCCUUUUGUAGCUCACUUCAUCCCAUCAGCCUCACCUGGGCGCGCACAGCAGGAGCUGCUCUGGCUGCACUCAUUGCUGUUUGGCACCGUGGGCCCCGACGGGGCGGCCCCGCGACGGUUCGGUUUCUUCCUUCACCCUGCAGAUAUUAAACCUCGUUUGUUUCUCCA